AUGACCGGUUUGCGAGUCUGGCUGCUGACGUUCGUGGUGAAGUGGCCGGGCGUUUGGUGCAGCUUGAGCACGAAUGAGACCGUUGAGACGGUCGGUCGGUUGAGAUCGAGUUCCGCAGCUUCAAGUGGAUAUUGGGAUGGCCAAUGCUCCGCUUGUCCUGCUUACCUCUAUCCAUGGUUGCACUGUAAGAAUGGAGGACGACCACAGUGGGGCUUGAGCAAUUCCCGCCCAUGUCCCAGCUCUCCUGUGCUUUGCCAAGCUAGAUGUAGUGCACCCAAGCCAAAGCCGCAGGAACCGCGUCCGGUUCCGGGCCCUAAGCCCACUGGGCCCACUGGGCCCAGUACCUACAACGAUGGGCUUUGCACACCAUGUCCAGCAUACGUUUACAAGCAUUGCACCAAAGGUGGCAAGCUUGUAGGUAUUAAGCCUUGUGGAUGGGACAACAUCUAUUGCGAGGGCGUUUGCACCAAUCCCAAUCCCGAACCCGCACCCAGCCCACAACCCGUGGAACCUGUGGAGCCGGUGGUUUCAGAGCCUGGAGUGAAGACCUUAUACCACGAGACCAGCCCCGACACCGCGAAGAAGAUCUUAGCUUCGGCCUUCCGACCUGGCACCUCCGGAUGGUGUGGAGGCGCCAUCUAUUUUUACACCAGUCCCAAGAUCCCCGACUCCAAGUUGGGGCCCGAUUCCCAACGAGGUGCCAUUAUCCAAGCCGAGGUGGAUUUGGGACGAAACAUUCGCUUGGAUAGCAAAUGUGAUGGAGCUGAACAAGCUCGAGAAAAGUAUGACUCCAUUUCAUUUGAUCCGGGAGAUGGUGUGGAGUACCUGGACUUCAUCAGGGACACGGUUCACACCACCUGGGUGGAGGCGCAGAAGCUCCACUUGCCACCCAAGGCCAGCACAGCAUCCUCGGCGGGCGGAACUGUGCAGGUCGAUGCUCCCUUCCCGGCGCAAGUCACGGAGGUCAAAGUGAAGGCGGGCGAUGUUCUCUCCGCUGGCAGCGUGCUGGCGGUGCUGUCCGCAAUGAAGAUGUUGAAUGAAGACAUCGUGGCAGAACGGCCGGGGAAAGUGCUGGAAGUGUUGAUUCAGCCAGGGCAACAGGUGAAUGAGGGCGCUCCUUUGUUUCGCUUGGAAGCCAGUGGCGAUGCACCUGCAGAAGUCGCGGAGCUUCUGCCCCGGACGGUCCGGAAGACGGAGAGCGGAACCACGGGAUACCGAGCUUUGCCCAGCGCAUGGUUCAGCAGCGGAAGCCCGGAGGAACAGCUCUACGAGACACCUGUUCUCAGGAGCAAAGCCAAAGACGAUGAUCCCGUCUUUCAAAAGCGCCGGGAGUUCAACAAGUCCGUGGUGACGGAACUCCACAGGAGGAUCGAUGUGGUGAGUCAUGGAGGUUCUGAUCGAGCUGUGAAGCUUCAUCGAAGCAGAGGGAAGCUUCUGGUCCGCGAACGGAUUCGAAAGAUCAUCGAUCAGGGCACUGACUUCCUGGAGAUCUCCGCCCUCGCAGGGUGGGAGAUGUACGGCGGUGGAGUUCAUAGCGGCGGCACCGUGUGUGGCAUUGGCGUGGUGAGCGGACGUGAGGUGAUGUUCAUCGGCACAGAUGCGACCAUCAAAGGUGGCGUUGCCUUUCCAGUUGGCUACAAAAAGUGGCUUCGAGCACAAGAAAUUGCCGAAGUCAAUUAUUUGCCCUGUGUGUAUCUCAUCGACGGCGGUGGCGCCAAGUUGGACGCACAAGGGAGCUCCAAAGGCGACGCUCGAAGAGAUUGGACCUACAAUGGAACUCUGCCAGCACAGUUCGUUGAGGGCGGCCGGCAGUUCUACAACCAGGACGGCACAGCGCUUCUAUGGCAUUCAGCAGAUUGCAGUGGUUUGUGGCAUGUGCACAGCAGGAGGCGCAUAUACUCCUGCAAUGUGUGA